UCGAUGAAUACUUCGUCGAUGAAUUCGCAAUUCAAGUCCACUAUUGUGGAUGAUAGGGUUAAAGUAAUGAAGAUGUCUACUGGUUUUGAAUCUGAUGAUGAAAAUGGUUUGAUUGGGAAUGAAAAAGAAGAAUUCGAGUCGGAUUCUUUGUGUCGAAAUUUGCCUCCUUGGGGGAAUUUGGUGGUCGACCGGAAUUUGGAUUUUGCGUCCGAAUGUGUCGGUCGACCUUCGGCAAGUUCAGAUGCGAAGGACCCUUUACAAGAUGGUAAGGUAUACUUCUUGGAGGAAAGGGAUGAAAAGGAAUUAUCAAGAAGAAUAUUGAUGCUUAGUAGGUCCAACAAGAUUAGAAGUGCAAUGGAAUUGUGCAAAUCAAUGGAGUUUUCUGGUCUUAAACCCGACGCUCAUGCAUGUAAUUCUCUUCUUUCUUGUCUGCUAAGAAAUGGGAUGCUCAAUGAUGCCUUGCGCACUUUCGAGUUCAUGAAGAACUAUGAAAUUAUUACGGGACACACUUAUAGUUUAAUGCUGAAAGCCAUUGCAGAUACUCAGGGGUGUGAUGCAGCCCUUUAUAUGUUUGCGGAAUCGGAAGGGGAUUCGAGAAAGGGAAAGGGUUUCGAUGUGAUUGUUUAUAAUACGGCUAUUUCGAUUUGUGGAAGAUCAAACAAUUGGGUUGAAGCUGAGAGGUUAUGGAGAACAAUCCAGGAAAAUGGCUAUAUAGGAACAGUCGCUUAUUCCUUGCUAGUUAGCAUCUUUGUUCGUUGUAGUCGGUGUGAAUUGGCGCUUGAUGCUUACCAUGAGAUGAUUCGAAAUGGAGUUGAACCCUGGGACGACACAAUGCAUGCCGUGAUUAACGCGUGUGCAAAGGAAGGGAAAUGGGAUCUAGCAUUAUCGAUCUUUCGGAAGAUGUUGAACGAUAGGUGGAAGCCGAAUGCAGUAGCAUGCAAUGCAUUGAUCAAUUCACUCGGAAAAGCUGGAGAGAUCAAAUUAGCUUUUAAAAUCUACGAUAUUAUGGCAUCUUUGGGUCAUAAACCAGAUGAUUUCACAUGGAAUUCAUUGCUUGGUGCUUUGUAUAGAGCAAAUCAACAUGCCGAUGCUCUUCACCUCUUCGAAAGAAUAAGACAACAGGACUCGCUCGUAAAUCUUCAUCUAUAUAACACUGCAUUAAUGUGUUGCCGGAAGCUCGGUUCAUGGGAUAAGGCCUUGCAGCUUUUAUGGCAAAUGGAGGCUUCGGGGUUAUCGGUUUCGACUGCAUCGUAUAAUCUCGUCAUUGGAGCUUGCGAAACUGCAAGGAAACCGAAAGUUGCAUUGCAAGUUUACGAGCACAUGAUUCAUCGAAAGUGUGUUCCGGAUACAUUUACUCAUUUGUCACUAAUAAGAAGCUGCAUCUGGGGAUCUCUUUGGGCUGAAGUAGAGGAAAUCUUAGAGAGAGUUCCACCAGAUGUUUCUCUUUAUAAUGCUGUUAUUCAUGGAAUGUGUUUGAGAGGCAAAGUUGAAACAGCAAAGAAGCUCUACUUCAGAAUGCAAAAAAGUGGUCUCAAACCUGAUGGCAAAACAAGAGCUUUGAUGCUCCAGAACUUGCGAAAAGAUCGAUGAGACGUAUUUGGACAUGAAAUCCGAGAUUCAAGCCUAAUUUAUGUGAAAACAACAGAGAGAACUAAGUGGACGGACAAUCAUCUAUUUACACAUAUAAGGAAUAGAACAGCAAAAGAA